GGAAGUCGUUGACAGAGGCAGACGUCGAUGAUAUUCAUCCUUCUUUAUGGUCUGCCAGCAAUAUGCCUGGGUUUCUCUCACAGUGGAACAAACAGACUGGUCAUCCAAACAGGACAAAUGAGAACAAGAAAGUGUAUUAUUCAAAAGGACACAAUGACUCUCUCCUUUUUGAUGCAUGUGAUGAAACGUCACCUUUGUUGGGAAAUAAACAUCAAGAGAUGAAGCAGACGAAGAAGGCAGCUAAUGGAACCACGUUCUCGCUGGUCAGGGCUUUGUGGAAAACAUUCUGGUUUGACUUGAUACAGUUUCAAGUCUGGGUGCUUGUUAGUGACUUGCUCAGAUUUGCCAGUCCUUUGAUACUUGGCCUUCUCGUAUCCUUCACCACAGACAAGACUGUGCCCCUGUGGAAAGGCUACCUUCUAUGUAUUGUGCUGUUUGCAUCCACGUUGACUCAGACAGUCUUUUCUCAUGCUAACUGGCACCAAGGAAAAAAGGUGGCACUCAGGAUUGUUGCUGUCAUCAUAUCUGCUAUCUUCAGAAAGUCCUUAAAGAUGAGCAACAAGGCAAAGAAAGAGUCGACAACAGGAGAAAUUGUGAACUUGAUGUCUGUAGACGUGGAGCAUAUACAAACCAUCACGGUUUGGAUCUGGGCAGUGUGGGCUAUUCCUUUGAAUGUCGCCAUUGCCCUGUACCUCCUGUAUCAGUCUCUGGGAGCAUCCAUGUUCGCUGGGAUGGCGGUGUUGCUUGUGUUGUUGCCCGUCAACGUUGUCGCCGUGUUCAUGCUGAGGAAGUAUCAGGCUGAACUGAUGCAAUACAAGGACAAGAGGAUGAAGAUAAUGAAUGAAGUCCUCAAUGGCAUUAAGAUACUGAAGUUGUAUGCCUGGGAACCGUCCUUCCAGGAAAAAGUUUUGGAGGUUCGGGAUAAGGAAUUGCGCAUUUUGAUGAAGAUGGCUUUCCUUAAGAGUUUUAACACCUUCACCUGGACUCUUAUUCCUUAUCUUGUAUCUCUAACUACAUUUGUGACAUACAUCUUCACUUCUGAUGACCACUACCUCCGACCUGAGGUCGUCUUCCCGGCGAUCUCUCUCUUCAGUAUCAUCAGACUUGCUAUUGUCAGAUCACCAUCUGUCAUCGCAUAUUUAGUCCAGGCUACAGUAUCCCUGAAGAGAAUUAACAAGUACCUCAACAGAGAAGAUUUGUCUGAAACCGACGUCUUAUGGAACGCCACACAACGUCCAGCGGUGAAGAUUACAAACGGAUGUUUCCAGUGGAAUUCUGAAGCAGCACCAACACUCACAAACGUCAGUUUGGAUGUUACCGAGGGUCAGCUUUUGGCAAUUGUGGGUCAAGUCGGAUCUGGAAAAUCCUCACUUGUGUCUGCCAUCUUGGGGGAAAUGGACAAGCUCUACGGUCAUGUCAGUUUGAAGAGUCACAUUGCCUACGUGCCCCAAGUUGCGUGGAUCCAGAACGACACCCUGCAGAACAACAUUCUGUUCGGGAAGCCCAUGGACAGACAUUGGUACAACAAUGUAGUGGAGUGUUGCGCUCUGACUCCAGAUCUGGAGAUGUUACCAGCUGGCGAUAUGACAGAGAUAGGGGAGAGAGGUAUCAACUUGAGUGGCGGACAGAAACAGAGAGUCUCACUAGCCAGAGCUGUCUACAACGAUGCUGACAUAUAUCUGCUGGAUGAUCCACUCAGUGCCGUUGACAGUCAUGUGGGGAAACAUAUCUUUGACAAGGUCAUCAGUAGCGAAGGUUUGCUCGCUAGCAAGACUCGUGUCCUGGUCACUCACGGCAUCCACUGGCUCCCAGAGGUGGACUCCAUCCUUGUGAUGACCAGUGGUCAGAUAUCAGAGAAAGGGACGUAUGAGGAGCUUCUGCAGUCUAACGGGCCAUUUUCCAAGUUCCUACAGACUUACCUGACAGAGAAUAAUGAUUUGGAUGACAGUCAAAUUGAAAAUUUUCCUUCUAUGAAAAUAUGUUCUUCAUUCAAAAUUUACAGCAUCGUUCAUACAUAUAGAUCUAAGCCCCAAACCAAUGAGACCAGACAGUUCCAAGUCAAAGAAGAAGAAUUGAAAAAGGAGAAGAGGAAACUGGUUGAAGAAGAGGUUGUAGAGUCUGGCAAGGUUACUAUGAAAGUAUUUCUAACCUACUUCCGGGCUAUUGGGUUAUUGCCGAUGUUGAUCGCGAUGGUUAUGUACGCAUUAUUUCAAGCAACGUCUGUAACGUCAACUACGUGGCUCAGCAAAUGGACUGACGACACUUCGCUAGGAAACCUGACAACGCUGCCUUCCAACAGCACAGCCCGAAUUGAGAAAAAUGAAUAUUACAUUGGAAUAUAUGGUGCUUUGGGUCUAGUUCAAACUACGUUCAUCAUGGUAUUUUCCUUUCUAUGGAACCUAAGGACGGUAAAGGCAUCUGGUACACUCCACUCGAACAUGCUGAAGAAUGUUCUGAGGGCACCGAUGUCCUUCUUUGACACCACGCCUACGGGCAGGAUUGUCAAUCGGUUCUCCCAGGAUAUGGAUACAAUCGACACCAGAAUGCCCAUCGCGGUGGAAUAUUCCUUCAACACCACGUUCCAAGUCUUCAGCAGCAUCAUCAUUAUUUCUUACACCACCCCUAUAUUUCUCGUCGUCGUCGUUCCCUUAGUGGUACUAUACUUCCUUGUACAGCGUUUCUACGUGACAACAUCUCGCCAACUGAAGAGAUUGGAAGCCAAAAAUCGCUCUCCGAUAUACAGCCAUUUUGGGGAGACCUUAUCAGGAGCCAGUGUUAUCAGAUCGUUCCAAGCCCAGUCGAGGUUCAUCAAGGAAUCUGAGGACCGAGUAGAUGCAAAGCAGAAGUUCACCUUUUACUCAUUUUGUGCUCUCAGAUGGCAAGGUGUGCGUCUGGAAGUCUUCGGGAACAUCAUCGUUCUGGCCGCCUCCCUGUUUGCCGUCAUGUCACGUGACACCUUGUCAGGAGGACUUGUAGGCUUGUCGGUCUCCUAUGCUAUUGAGAUAACCGCUAACCUCAGCUGGAUGGUGCAGCUGGUGUCAGAAGUAGAGACACAGAUCGUCAUGGUGGAGAGGGUCAAGCAGUACACUGAAAUACAUUCAGAGCCAGCAUGGGACAUGCCCGAGAGACGUCCAACUCAUGACUGGCCAGACGCGGGGGUGGUGAAGUUCCUUGACUACUCAACGCGAUAUAGAGAAGGCCUUGACCUUGUUCUCAAGGGAGUAACGUGUACAGUGCAUUCAAGAGAGAAGGUGGGCAUCGUGGGCAGGACGGGGGCUGGGAAGUCCUCUCUGACUCUGUCCCUGUUCCGGCUGAUAGAAGCUGCAGGAGGAGAGAUCAACAUAGAUGGCGUUGACAUCAGUACACUCGGGCUGCAUGACCUCAGGAGCAAACUCACCAUACUACCUCAGGAUCCUGUAUUAUUUGCCAGAAGCCUGCGAGGCAAUGUUGACCCCUUCACCCAGUAUUCAGACAAUCAGAUCUGGCGGGCGCUGGAACAGGCUCAUCUGAAGACGUUCGUGGAGGUACUUCCUGAUGGACUGGAACACGAGUGUAGCGAAGGAGGGGAAAAUAUGAGUGUUGGUCAGCGGCAGCUCUUGUGUCUGGCCAGAGCUCUCCUGAAGAAGACCAGGAUCCUAGUACUGGAUGAGGCUACAGCAGCCGUUGACAUGGAAACAGAUGACCUGAUCCAGCAGACCAUCAGGUCAGAGUUCAAGGACUGCACGGUGCUGACCAUCGCCCACAGACUCAACACAGUCAUGGACUACGACAGGAUCCUGGUCUUGGACAACGGCCGUGUGUGUGAGUUUGACACACCCUCCAUCCUGUUGCGACAACACGACAGUAUCUUCUACAACAUGGCCAAAGCUGCUGGGUUAACAACAUAAUACAAAACAAUUUCACAAACUA